AUGCCUCAACCAAAUCGCGUUUUCGGGUUGGCGACCCGCUCGCCAGCUCCGUCAACCACAGCGUCAGGCUCUGAACCUGAAAUGAUCUCCGAUGGCAAGUAUAUGCGAGCUGUCUGGCGUCCCAAACAUGGCGAUGGGGAUCCUGCGCCGCACGUUAUCGACCGCUCCAAAACAACUGUGCGCGGCCAUCCAACCUGGAAGAUUUUCGUCGACGAUAUUGUUCAACCCAUUGUUCGUGGUAACAACGAGGAACCUCCCCGAUAUGUGUACCUCGAUGACCAUGCAUGCCAUGUUGUUUGGAAGUCCCGGCAGUACACCGACACUGAGCUGAAAACAUAUUGGGCAUUCGACUUCGAUCAUCAGGGCAACAUCAAAACUGGGCGACCGAAUCGGGGACGCUCGGCUUGGACAGACAGCGAUGUGCCAGAGGUCGCAAAAGGAAAGUUGCGUGGGAAGGGUAAAUGGUACGAGUUUAGUGGUGAGCUGGAGACGACGGAGUACAGGCCUUUGCGCCCAGCUACCAGAACCAAGAUGGAGCUGCAAGUGGAGGCAGAGUGGGCUGCGCAGAACGGCCACCAUCCUGAUGUUGCGAGCGCCAUCAAAGGAACUCCCGAUACACCGAGGAACGAUGCAGCCGCGCCCAACGUCACGAUACCAGGUGGGAAAUCGAUCGCCAACAAAGACCACAUCCAUCCCAGCACGGCUGGCGCCGCUCGACUAGAUAAAGAAUGUGCCUCUCGUUCGUCUCCGCCACAAUAUCUGCCGCGUCCACACUGGCGAACAAUUGAGCGCCCAGUCACGCCGCCGCCGAAACAGAGAUUGACAGGUACCUUCCUUGUCAGCAGUAGUCCUCCCAGGAGCAGCGUGAAGUCUCCCGACCGCAAGCGUGCCCAGCAGGCAGAGCGCAGCAGCUCCCUGCCUGCAGAGAUGCCACCGACUAUUACGGGCACAAUUCCGAAACGCAGGUCUAUCGGUCCCUUCAUCGUUAGCAGCAGUUCUCCGAAGAGCAGCUCGGGCUCUCCGGAACAUAAGUGUAUCAGACUGGGGGAACGCAGGAGCUCAGUGACUGCAGAGCUUGUACCUAGAGUUAUCAAUGCAAACCCGAAUGAGGAACAUGGCAAAAAGGGCGCGGAGCAACUUAGCUCUCUUUCAGUCGAGCCGUCCGAGCUUCCGUCUGACGUUGGUAGCGAUAGCGAGGAUGAGAGUUUCCUAACACGUAAGUUCCUGUACCAAGAUAUUCGUGACCUUGGACUGACUAUGCGCUUUGCAGAUGUCGACCAGACCCUCAAGAGGAAGCGAGAAGAGGUCAGGAGCUUAUCAAAGGUGCAGAGCAAGUGA